CUGGCAACGUACUCGCUGAUAAGAUAUAUAAAAUCAAAAGGUACUGUCGACAGCUGCAAAAUCAAUCAUGCGUAGAUUCCUGAGUGUACUAUUUGUUUCAGCCACGCUGGCGGCCGAUCUAAUCGUCGAUCUUCCGGAUGGCAGAAUUCAAGGUACCAUCAUCACCAACCAAAACAAAAGUUACUACGCUUACAGAGGAAUUCCAUUUGCAACUCCGCCACUUGGCAAGCUGAGGUUCCAGGCUCCUGCACCUCCUCAACCGUGGGACGGUAUCUUGGAAACAAAGGAAUCGAAGGACUGCUGCAUUUCCAUGACCGACAAUAUCCUACAGAAUGGCGCACAAAGUGAAGAUUGUUUAUACCUUAAUGUUUAUACUCCUGCAGAAGAGGUCACCGAGAAGUUGCCUGUAAUGCUAUGGAUAUAUGGAGGUGGGUUCCUUAGUGGGUGUGCAGAAGACGACACAGCUGGACCCUACCGUUUAAUAGAUGAAGGCGUGAUAGUCGUCUUAGCCAACUAUAGACUGGGAUUGUACGGCUUCUUGUCCACCGAAGACGACGUCGUUUUGGGCAAUGCAGGGCUGAAGGAUCAGCUCCUGGUCAUGAAAUGGAUCAAAAACAAUAUCGGUUUGCUGGGCGGAGAUCCCGACAAACUGACCAUAUUCGGAGGAAGUGCAGGUGGGAUUUCGGUAGGGGCUCACAUCGUCAACGCGAAAGCUGCGGGCCUAUUCCGAGCGGCGAUUUGCGAGAGUGGCUGUUCAUUGUUUUAUGAAGGAAGUAUAAAUCAAGCCAACGCGAGACAAGCCGCUUACGACUACGCGAAGUACGUAGAUCCCACGAUUUCGGAGAAAAAUACCUCCAGGGAGCUUCUGGAAUUUCUACAAAGCGUGCCUGCGGAAUUGUUGACUCCCGCUUUUAACGUAAACAAACAAACAGGUCUCGUCGUCGAGGUCGAACACGAAGAUGCCUACAUCACAAAUCUUAGUUUUCCUCUACUCGAGUCUGGGAAUUUCAAUCGGGUUCCAUUAAUACUUGGCACCGCGUCAGCUGAAGCGCUAACUUUCUUCGCUUUUCUGGGUGGCGAACUUAUGAUCAGGUUAAUGGCCGAAGCAUACGACUCCAAUUCUGCUGGUAUCUUACCCGGCGAUCUGGUACUUCUGCCCGGUACUAACGUGACGGAGGUCGUUUUGAUGGUCAAGGAAGCUUACGUAGGGCCGAAUGGGAAAUUUAGUGAAAAUUUGGCUGCAGUGGUAGACAUAAACACCGACAUCUUGUUCUUGAAAUCAACGUUGAAGCAGGCGGAAAUUCAGUCCAAAUUUAGUCCCGUGUACCACUAUAUAUUUUCUUUCGAGGGAUAUGAAAGUCCAUUAUUUCCAAAGAUCGAAGGGGCGGGAAAAGCGGGUCACGGAGAAGAAGGGCCGUACCUUUUUAGCCCAGACCCAUUCGUCGAGGACAGAGAUAUUUUGAUGAGCAAACAGAUUGUCAGGCUUUGGGCUAAUUUUGCAAAAACAUUAAACCCCACCCCUGACCCAACGGAUCCGCUGUUCAACCUCACGUGGCCGCAAGUUACGCCGACAAAUAUUCAGUAUUUCGAUUUCGACGAUCAAAUCGCAGUGAGGCCGAACAAAAAGGAAAAGGAAAUGGCUAUGUGGAACAAAGUUUAUUAUACGUAUGGUCAGCAACCGUUUAUCGGGUUCUGAUUUUCAAUAUAAAAAAUA